UUAUAUGUUACAACGGCCUGCCAUACAAUGUCUUCUUCGUCCUUGCUCUUCUCUUUCCUCUCUGGGAGGAGUCACUUACGCACGCGGCUUUGACAUCAUGGUUGUAACGGUCAAACACCCGUAUGUACUCGCAGCUUGUGUAUGGUAGCAACAUGUCGGUUCGAAGGGAGCCCAGUGGAGGAACCGUAGCAGCCGUGGAACCCACGCUCGAGACAUAGACGGCACGCAGACACGUUUUGGACGAACUGCGACUGUUCAACGCGACUGGUAUUUUCACAGCAGCGGGCCUGUCGGUGUCUCAUGGACGGACAGAAAAACUAGCUCGAUCCGAACAUUGGCCUGAAGGCAGGCAGACAGUUGGACUGGUCGGAGAGGGAACGAAGUGGGACGGAGUAUUUAACCAAGACCGACUUUCUCCUUGUUAGGGAAUGUUAUCCGUACUGUCUUAUGGCAGACUCGUAGCCAGGGCUGUCCUGGGCGGACUCUCUCAGACGGACGGUCGGGAUUACAGCCUGAUCAGCGCCAGCUAUGGCUUCGGCAAAGACUUUCGCAAGGGGAUCCUGAAGAAAGGAAUGUGCUACGGAGAUGAUGCCUGCUUCAUAGCGCGGCACAGGUCGGCCGAUGUUUUAGGUGUAGCGGACGGUGUAGGCGGUUGGCGGGACUACGGCGUCGACCCAUCUCAGUUCUCUGCCACCUUAAUGAGAACCUGUGAGCGACUGGUGAAGGAGGGACGCUUCAUUCCCAGUAACCCAGUGGGUAUUCUGACCUCAGGCUACUACGAGCUCCUGCAGAACAAAGUCCCGCUGCUAGGAAGCAGCACUGCCUGUAUUGUGGUUCUGGAUCGAAGGAGCCACCGGCUUCACACGUGCAACCUCGGAGACUCUGGCUUUCUCGUGGUACGAGGAGGAGAGGUGGUCCAUCGCUCGGAUGAGCAGCAGCACUAUUUCAACACGCCGUUCCAGCUGUCCAUCGCUCCUCCGGGAGCAGAGGGGGUCGUGCUCAGUGACAGUCCCGAAGCAGCCGACAGCUCCUCGUUUGACGUUCAGCUCGGUGACAUCAUCCUAACGGCAACAGACGGGCUCUUUGACAACAUGCCGGACUACAUGAUCCUUCAGGAGCUGAAAAAACUGAAGACUUCAAACUACGACAGCGUACUGCAGACCGCACAGAGCAUCGCAAAGCAAGCUCACAACCUUGCCUACGAUCCCAAUUAUAUGUCUCCUUUUGCACAGUUUGCCUGUGAUAAUGGCCUGACUGUAAGAGGAGGGAAACCCGAUGAUAUCACGGUGCUCUUGUCCAUAGUGGCUGAAUAUGCAGACUAAAAAGUGUGUGUCUGUGUGUGUGCGCGCUUCACUGGGACUGAUGUUUUCUUGCCAUCUGCCUGAGUCUCUCACCCGCAGCCCUCCCAACAUGCACUGCGGGCUUGCAGGGGAGGCCCACCAACACGACUCGCACUCCUCAUGGCGUGGCUGACCUCCACCUUUGUGGCGUUCUUUUUGUUCUCUGUUGUCUUUAACGUGGUGCUGGAACGGUUGAGGGGCGGCAGGCAGCCGGGGUGUGUUUAAUGCUGAUCGUGACCUGGGAGAAGCUGACGUCAGCCCCGCUCACGUCUCACACUGUUGUCCGACAAUUUGUGGCGUACGUAAGACCGCCUACAGUUUGGAUACUUGAGGGUAGCCCAUAUGUAUAAAAACAUUAAUAAUAAGGAGCAAGCCAUGCAUUUUGUUGUUUUUCAGAGAGUAGCAAUGGGUUAUUAAACCUCACAGUUCUUCUUUUUUUGAUUUACAUGUUCCCAUUAUGUGUUUGAAGCAGGCACAUGGGUUAGUCUGAGGAUGCUAAUGCGACAUGUUGUGGGAAGUGGAUUUUAAUGCCUCAGGUUUGGGAACUUGCUCAAGUUAAAGAAAUCUGCAAGGAGAAAGCUUGUUUAAACGUCACGUGAAGGUUAGUCAGGUUUUGUCACUCGGCUUAGGGAACCCUUAGAUUCGCACAUCCUGAUAAGUUGUAAAUAUAUUUUUUAAGGCUAUAUUUGUGAUUUUUUUUUGUUUUUUUUUCUUUUUUCUUUUUGGAUUGAUUUAAAACAAAAAAGAGCUAUUUGUUAAUAGUUUGUGACAUAAACAUCUUCGUCAAUGGACAUAUUUUUCUGUAUAGAUGAUUUUGAUUCAUGCUCCAUCAAUCCCAGACUUCCAAUUGGUCGAAAAUGAACAAGAUGUUUGAAACAAUUCCUCUCGUCCAUGGUGUGGUGGGAAUGAUUUUUAAAAGGGGUUUGUGUGAAUAGUUAUUGGUGUGUGUUGUCUCGAGUGUAAAUAUUUGUUAUCUUGUAAAGCUAAAGCUAGCGUCUGGGAAGGCUUACAGUUGACAGGUCAGGAAUAAAAUUAAAGAGGGAAAAUGUAUUUUUAUAAGUUUUUUUUUUGUCUGAAAAGUACCACUGAAGAAUGUGAAAUAGAUAAACUAAAAGACUCUUUUAAAAAAAGUACAAUUUCUGUUUUGUUAUUUUGUUACUUUUGAUUCCUGGUAUGUUCGUUUGCUGCUUUUUUUGUUUGUAACUGCCUUUCAAAAGCCUUUUUUUAGCAUUCAGUCCUUGAUUAUGUUAAAACAAUGAAAAAAAGUCGCAAUGCACACAGAUAUUUGUAAAAGUGGGCAUUAAAUUUAGUGAGUGAAAGCAUUCAUAGUCAGUUUUCUCGCAUUAGGUCAUAUCAAAAUUAACGAUCUGCAUUAAUUUAGUUCAAACACUGAAAAUUUAUAUUUCGGGUAAAAUAGAGGAAUAAAACGAAUCAAUUAUUGAACAUAAAAUAACUUAAUUUUACUUUACAUGUUGUUAAAGCGUCAGUUACCAGUUCUGCUGUGUUGAAACUGACUCAUUUAUCUAACCUAGUUGUAAAUUAUUGCUGAAAAGUGCCAGAGGGGCUAUUUAUUAAAAAAAAUGUAGAUGUCAAACGAUGAAAAAUUAGAAAAUGUGUGGUCUAAGAUGUGAACACGGUGUUGUGUGUAGAAACGAGUGAGCUGGACAAAUGUAAUAUUCAGAAAAACACUGAUGAUGCUGUGCAUGAUGGCCUGUUUUUAAAUCUUUACAUUUUAACUACAUGCUCACCAAAGACACUUCUCUUUUUAAAUUUAAACUCCUAAUGACAAUACUGUAAGCGUCUUGUGCUCAAGGCUGCGUGAAACGAGUAAAAUCAAUGUAUUAUCUUGUUUAAAGGUGUUGGAGAAAAAACAAGUUAUAAUGUUUUUGUUCCUGUUUGAUGAUCUGGAGGUAAACGACAAGAAGCCAGAAAAGGAAAGCCAUAUUUUAAAUCAUGAGUUGAGUUCAUCUCAGUUCGUUAAAGAACACCAACAUGCCCACCGUUCAGUUUUUGUAACAAUUGUAGGAAAUGCCUUUAGUUUGUAGAUGCGUUUAGUGUUUUUUUUUUUUUUUUUUUUUUUUUUUGCGUGUUGCUUUAGAAAAUAGCUCACAAAUAUUCUAAGGGGAACAGUAGAACAAUCAAUUUAUGCUCUGAUCAUAUUUCACUGUUCAGAUUUAACUGGUCAUAGUUAAAGACAAAACGGUUGAUUUGAUUAUUUUUCUUCUGCUGUUUGCCCAAUUCCUUUUGCAUUUCUUGUAUCUGCAUUUUCCAGUUCUCUCACUCAUGCUCUUGUCUUUGCAUUACAAGGGUGAGCACAGUUUCCAGCCUUAACAGCUCAACCUGUAAAUCAAGAGGCCUUUCCUGUCAUUGCAAGCUCAUCCCGUGUCCCCUGUGUCCCCCAGUGUUAAAUGACGUGUACCCUUCCGUCCCUCGUCUUUACCCCCACCCUAUUAAGCCGUUCUCAAAAGGUGCUUCUGCAGUCUGAUAGUAUGAUUGUCUUCUGUCUUGUCAGUGAAUGAAAGAUACAGAGCUCUGCAGCGUAACAAUGCAGGUCUAAAUGAUGUAAAUACUGGUAUGUACAAUAUUUAAAUAAAGAAUCUAGUAUUUAUACUAAAA